AUGUCUCUGAAGACUUUCUUCACCCUGGCCCUUGCGACUGGUUUCGCUGCCGCAAAACCAAUCAACGCCCCCCAGUCGCUCCCCGCCUACCCCAUCUCAAAGCGUCAGAUCGGUGCCAUUGAGAAUGGCUUUGGCGGCGAAGGCUUUAAUUUCAUCGACGGCUUUAACCGCUUCAACGACCAGCAGCAAGUCCUACAGAUCAAAGAGCAAAGCAUCCAGAUCCAGGACAACGGGCGCCAGCAGGCCGUCGUGCAGCAGGUCAAGGAGGUCCUUGUCGUGAACCAGCAGCAGAAUGGAAUGAAACGUGACAUGAACAACCUAUUCCGCAAGGCGAGUUACAGAAACCAGGGACAGAAGAAUAACGAGGCGACGGUCAUGCUGGUCGUGCAGCAGAUUCAGGUGUCCGUCGCGGAUGAUCGAGGGAAUGCGUUCCAGCAGGAUAUCUUUGUGCAGAGUGCGUUGGUUGCCAAUCGUGGAGCCAGAGUGACGAACACUGUCAUGGUGUUCGAAUCUCAAGCCCUCAUCGCAACUCAAGUCCUCGGCAACCGCGGUUCAGGCUUCGGCGGCAUCGCAGGCGUCGGCAGCGUGCCCGCGACCAAUGCCGCUCAGCUUCCCACCAAGACUGCAGAUCUCCAGCUCUUCGACUCCCGCCCGACCUGGUCUGUUGUCGCGGAGGAUCCAGCGGCUACGCUGGGCGCGGUAUGGCAGGCCGAGCUGGAAGACUUGCAGAAGGUCGAGCAGGAUCAGGCAGACAACCAGGUGAACAAUGACGCUGCACAGAAGGAGAAGGAGGCUCUUGAUAAGGCGAAGGCGGAGCAGGAGCAACAGCAACAGGGUCAGGAGCAGCAGCAGGAGGGUGAGCAACAGCAGGGAGAGGAACAGCAGGAUGCUGAGGCGUCUCAGUCCGCCCAGGCCUCGCAGUCGGCUGAAGCUACGUCAACCGCUGCCGCUGCUGAAGCUACUCCAGCUGCUGAGUAG